CGCCCGGCAGGGGAGGAGAGGAAUGUCAUACAUGGGAAUUAUAGAUGUUUGUCGUGAAGAAUUUUUACAGAUGGCCAUUUUUGAAUUUAAUGGCGCGAAAGCGGCACGAUGAGAGUUCGCACUGCAAAAUGUUCGAUUUUGAAUAAUUCAGCAGUUUUUGCGGGCGAACUGUCUGUGAUUGAUUAAAUUUAAAUUGUUUUAAUAAUUUUUAGAGGGAUUUAGGGGAGUAUUACGCUUAUACGCAGCUUUGAGCAGAGGAAGUGAGCGGAGAUGGGGGCUGCUGUAUAAGGCGGACGGCUGCGAUAAUAUCUAUUACAUGCGGAUGUUUAUUGUGCGUGACUUACAAAAAGUGUGGGGCGUGUGGUAUGGCGUUGUAUGAGCAUUAGUGGACAGAAAUAAAGUCUGGACGUCACUAUAGUGGCUAAUUGGCAUGAUGAAUUUUUUGAAAUUGAUUAAAGAAUUUUUUAAAUUCUUCUCUAAAAUGGCGGCGAAAUAAAAACGAUACAAACAUUGAAUUACAUACAGAAUGUGUGUUUAUUUCGCUUAUUUCUCUCUAUUUUCACGGAUAAUUAGUUUUUUCCUUACGUCACUGGCUUUACAAAAUCACAGUCCUCUAGUGUUUAGUUCUUUUGCAGUCGCGCGAUCUAUAAAAACGCCAUGGAAGCUAUCACUCAAUCUGAGCGCAUGCACUCUUUGAGGUAAAUUAGUGUCCACUGCGUGUCAUAUAUCCUUGGCUUAAUUUCAACUGUAAAUAAUUGUUGGUUAGCAUUGAAGCAAUACAACUCGUAAAUCUGUGAUUCUCCGGAUUUUCCGUCAAAAAGAUGGAGCUGCAACCGAUUCUGGCGGCUCUGUGCACCUUCUUUUGGAUUGGAGAGAUGGGCAAGGUCGGAAACCAAAAAGGGGGAGUAGUUAAAAAGGAAGACCAGCGACUGCUGCCCCAAGUCAAUUUCAAGUGGCGGUUGGUUUUCAAUCCGUGCGCAGUCACUUGCGGAGGAGGCUACCAAAGGUCGAAGGCUAUGUGCAUGUCGGGGGAUGAUAGAGGGGAAGAUUCCGAAUGUUCGGGAGAAAAACCAACGGAGACAAUUCAGACUUGUGGACAACAACCUUGCUUUACGCCUAGGUGGAUUGUCUUCAACUAUUCAGAGUGCACCGUCACUUGCGGCACGGGGACCAUUCCUCAGAUUGCGAAAUGCUACAUCAAAACGGGCGUUGACUCGAAAGGAAGGGACACGUUAAUCGAGGUAGGAGAGCGAAUGUGCAACAAGGAUAACCGGCCGCCGCUGCCUCCGGUGCAGUGUUCAUUGUUGGCGACUUGUCCGCAAAUCGUGGCCAAAGUCGACCUGGCGAGCAGCACGUGCAGCAACCCUCCGUGCAGCGAUCAGAAGGGCAGCGCCGAGAAAAGUGCCGUCGAGUUCACGGUCUUCAUCGGAGUCACCAGUUUAUCUGCUUUCUUGAUUCGCAUCUAUUUUUUCGACACUUGACGGCGAAUGGAAAUCCAGUGCAAAAGACUGAGGAUGUGAGAAAAUUAUUCUGUACAAUUGGACUGUUUUACAAUAAAAUAAUUAACUAAU